UCAUUAUAUUAUGCGCACAUUGGACUAAACUUAAUAUCAGCGAUUAGCUUGUUCACAGAAAAACUAGCUAUUUAAUGUUCAAAGAACGCAAGAUUUAGCCUAAACCGCCGUCUUUAAGCCACUCGCGGAAAAUGUCACACCCACCGUCACGCAGGACGAGAUUAUCACUCCCGUGUAUCGUUACGGUGAAUCUAAAGAGGAGAGACACGGGACGGUCAACCUGUGAAACGCUGACAAGUCACUGGCUUUAUUUACAGCCCUAUUCACUAACUUUAAUAAGUGAUGUUAUUAUAAAGAUAAGCGUUUUCAAUAACCUCAGGCAAUAUGAAACGCCCCAGUAACGCGCGCUAAGCCGCUUUAAGACUCUCGCGCAGGUGGAUGGAUGGAAAUAGAAGCGCUCGGGCUCCGAGCUGAAGAUCCGCGAUGUAAACCUGACAGAAAACUUUUGCCUCAAACAACGAAGAAUGAACUUAGUGCUUAGUGGGACUGUCAAAGUCUUUCUUCCUUUAAAGACCGAGAAUAACGGGACGCAAAGCGCAGAGUUAGCGGAACGUUCGGAGUUUUCAGAAAGGCUCAAAUAAUGGCUAAGAAGAAACGUGUUUUAUCGGUGAGUUUUAUCAAAGGAUUCCCAGAUGACAGGUUAUUAUAGAGGCAGACAUGCCAGCCAAUCUCACCAUCUCCAGCCACACCACGAACUACAACUUCCCAGCGCUCAUAUUCGGGAUAUUAUUGAUCAUUAUCAUCAUAUGUGGGAACGUGCUGGUGUGUCUGAGUGUUUACAAGGAGAAAGCGCUGAAAACCACAACUAACUAUUUCAUAGUCAGUUUGGCUGUUGCUGAUUUGCUGCUGGCUGUUCUGGUCUUACCGCUCUUCGUCUAUACAGAGUUCCAGGAUGGCGUUUGGUCCCUUAAUAUGACUGUAUGUGAUGGACUGAUGACCAUGGACGUGAUGCUUUGCACCGCCUCCAUAUUUAACCUCUGCGCCAUCAGCAUAGACAGGUUUAUCGCAGUCUCUGUCCCUCUUGCUUACAACCGCAAACAUGUGGACCAGCGACAGAUUGUCCUGCUUUCUGCCACAUGGAUCCUGGCCUUAGCCGUGGCCUCCCCCGUGAUGUUCGGAAUCAACAACGUCCCCAACCGGGACCACGGCGAAUGCAAGCUGGAGGACAACAAUUACGUGGUCUAUUCCUCCGUCUGUUCGUUUUUUGUGCCGUGCCCCAUCAUGCUGUUGCUGUACUGCGGAAUGUUCCGGGGCCUGAGGAACUGGGAGGAGGCGAGGAAGGCCAAGCUGAGGAGCAGCAUGCAGGCCUGCAGAAAGCUUCAGGAGGCCGCCGCGUCGCUGCAGCCCCUGUCUGGCUUGCCGCCUCCUCUGCCGCCUGUGAUCGAUAAAGACCUCACGGACCUUACCUUAGAGGAGCUGGACCAGGAUAACUACCCCGAUCCUGACAGCCCAAAACCUGUGUCCAUGCUCGCCUACCCUGUUGCGAGCUACAAACAAGAUCAAAACCAGAACCGGCAAAGGAAGAGGACGAAAAUAAACAGGAGGGAGAGGAAAGCAAUGAGGGUGCUUCCUGUUGUAGUAGGUGCCUUCCUGUUCUGCUGGACGCCAUUCUUCGUAGUGCACACGAUGAGGGCUCUCUGCGAGGAGUGCGAAAUCCCUGGGAGUGUCGCUAGUAUCGUGACCUGGCUGGGCUACGUCAACAGCGCUCUCAACCCCGUCAUCUACACCGUCUUCAACACAGAGUUCAGGAAGUUCUUCCGGAAGUUCCUGCCGACUCUACCCAACUGCUGCUAGCAUGAACAUGCUCUCUGCUAACGGUUUACGAACAAAACAUACCCAAAAGUAUAAAUAAACCAGACAAAUGAUGCUUACAUGUAAAUACAGCAUAUUGUAUGACACAAAUAUGAAAGUAUGGUUAUAAUGCACUAAACUGUUUGCUGCCAUUACAUUUUUACUUUACUUUUUAAUUUUGUAUGUUUACAUUUUGAAAGCUGACAUCAAUAGGCCUCUUGAUGAAAUGCAAGAAGAACGAAUUUGUGUAAAUAGUGCAUAAAACUUGAGUUACAUAAAUUGUUGCAAUCACAAAAUACAUGCAUGAAAUUAAAAUCGAAUAAUGAAAAAACAGAGCCGGACAAAUCAGGAAGAACUUGUUUCUGGGAUGUUGUUAUUGAAGCGAAUACGACAAAUUACGCAAAAAUGGCUUUACGAACAAAUUAAACAUUUCGUUCUGCUUGUUUUUCAUGGACGAGGCCCAGUUUAUGCUUUGAAGCUUCUAUGACAGGAAUGUCUGUGAACGUCUGCCAUCUACGAUGAUCUCUAUUUGCCAUUCUCAUGUGAUAUGCGAAGGAGCUCAUCCAGCCCACGAGUCAAAGUUAGGGCGCUCAUUUUGUAUCUGAUUGCACUGACUUUCAUCUGAGAAAUAAAUGUUUUUCACAGUCAAGAACUACUUUGUGCUGAUGUCCAGAAGACAUUGAGGUUGUACGAUCGAUGCCUUUUUUUUUUUUAUCCAAAUAUGUGUUCAUUUUACGUAUUCAAAAACUUUUAUAGGACAAAAUGCUCUGAACUAAGAAGAUUGUGGUUGAGAGUUUUACUAAGGCAAUAUUGAUGUGAUGUUAUAAACAUAACAGUUAACAUCGCAAAGGUUAUUUAUGCUGUAGUUGACAGUUUUAGGAGCAAUAAAUGAAUAAUCCAAUGUCAGGCAUUAGUGGAGCGUAUCAAUUAAUCUCCAGUGUGGAGAUCAAAACCGAAGUGGUGAAUCUACGAACAACCUAUACUGAGGAAAUUUUUUUGUACGUUUCUGAACAAAAUUCACUGUCAACCUGUGUAAGUUAGAUGUUCAUGUUGUGUUUGUUUUCAUGCCUUUCACGUUAUUUGUACUCUACAGGUCACGCAGUGUUCAUUAAAGCUGAGUGAACGCGGUUACACCGUGUUUA